AUGUGACAUGGAGUGGACAUAGGGUUUGACCUUGAAUUUUAGCCCAGAAAUUUACAAAUCUGCUGAUUAUUCUAAAUACUAAUUUAGUUAAAGUGUUACUUUUGAAAUAUAAUGUCGACCGCCGAACCCCAGAAUUUAAGUGAUGCAGACAAUCUAUGCGUGGUCUGUUUCAAAAAUGUGGAGAUCUACUCCAUUGGAUGUUGCGAUCAUGCAGUCUGUUUUGAAUGUUCCACGAGAAUGCGAGUACUUUGCAAGCAGAAUGAAUGCCCCAUUUGCAGGGGAGACCUACCAAAAGUUAUAUUUACUAAGAAGAUUGAGCCAUAUUCAGUUUUGUUUCUAAGGUUUGAACGCUCCAAUCUUCAAGAAAGAAAACUUGGAAUUCUCUUCUGUACUUAUGAAAUUCAAAAAUGUUUCUUUAAACUUCUGGAACACCGUUGUCAGAUUUGCGAUAAUCUGGAGCAUAAAUGGGCAUUCAAAACUUUCCAGCAACUCAAGGAUCACAUGAGAAGGGAACAUGAAUUGUUUUAUUGCGAUAUUUGCAGUGAAAACCUAAAGAUAUUUAGUUUUGAAAGAAAAUGCUAUACAAGGCAGGAAUUAGCGCACCACAGACGUAAAGGAGAUAAAGACAACACCUCGCAUAGAGGUCAUCCACUCUGCGAAUUUUGUGAUACUCGAUUUAUGGACAAUGAUGAGCUCUUUAGACAUUUACGAAGAAAUCAUCUUUUUUGUCAUCUUUGUGAUGCCGAUGGGAAACAUCAGUACUAUAAUUCAAUGGAUGAUCUCAAAAGGCACUUUGGAGAUGAACAUUUCCUCUGUGAAGAGGGUGAUUGUAAAACUAUGCCUCUAACAGCGGUAUUUCGGACUGAUAUUGAUUUAAAAGCUCACAUUACAACAGAACAUGGUAAAUAUAUGACUAAAUCAGCAACCAAACAAGCCAGAACAUUGGAGUUAGAAUUUACACUAGCGCCUAGACCAAGAACUGAUCACACAAAAAAUAGAAAAACCAAUGACCGAAGAGAAAGAUAUGAUGAAGAUUCUAGUUAUAAUGUUGAGCCUGGAGGACCUGGAGGAGGUUACACUGAACAAAGUAGAACAUUUGUUAAUACACUAACCCCAGACAACUUCCCAGCUUUGGGCAAUGUGUCUUCUGCCGGCAAUGUCACUGUAUCCAAAAAUUAUAUGAAAUUUAGCAAUGCAGCUUUUAGUAAUAAUGAUUUUCCGUCGUUAGGUGGCGUUGGAGGCCGGCCAACUCCUGCACUGACAAUUACAACAAAUUCAUUAUCAUCAAGUAACGGCCGCGCUCCAGAAGUCACAAUAACAAGGACUAUAAGAAGCCAAGCCAGCUCCCAGAAAAAGGAUAAUUUUCCAACUCUGAGCGGACCUAGUACUUCUAGUGGCAGCAGUACCCUUAGGUUCAGUGUAAACAGCAAUUCCGAGGACUUGAAGGCUCCAAAAGUAUCAAUCCAUGUAAAUCAAAAUUCUAACGGGGGGAUAACAACCCAUAUAAAAACCACAUCAUCAGCAUCUACCAAGCAACCCGAUGUGUUUCCCGCUUUGGGCAAAUCUGCACCAGUUGCACAGCCUCUUUGGGUUCAGCCUAAACCACCAAAGAAACAAGAGGAACUCAAAAAUUCGAAGGUAGCACCUUUUCCUCAGAUACCUCCCACAGAUAUGGCCUCUUUUCCUACAUUAUCAAAAGCCAAGGGUAUGGAAAAAGUGAAGAAAACAUCUAGUGUUACCAUGCCCGUAAGUAGCUGGGUUAACUUAAAUAACAUAAACACUAAUGCCAAAAGUAGAACUGAUAACUCCAAAAAGAUUGUAAAGCAACAUGAUAAAAGUGAUAAAAGAACAGAUAAGAAACCAAGUAACAAAACUAACUCCUCCCUAGAUGUCAGCCUUAAAGAUUUAAAAUUAAUAGAAGUCAAUCAACGAGACAAAUCUGAUAAAGCAAAAAAGAAAAAGAACAAGACAAUCGCUGCCGAAACUGACAGUAUUGCAACUGAAAAUGGUGUUGAGAAAGGUCCCAAUCAAAAUGAGAUAACUAUGAAGAGGUCCGAGUUGAAAAUAGGGGCAUUGAGUAAUUCUGAAAACAUCAUUGAGUCGGCCCCAUUUUCUGCUAAACCGCCUCCGGGAUUUAAUGUCAAAGCAACUCCGCCGCCACCAGGGUUUAACAAUUUCAAUUUUCCUAUUUUAGGCACAACAAAUGAUUUGACAUUUACUAGUUCUAGUGGUCAAAGCUAUUCUAUAAUGCCAACAAACACCAACGUUUACAAGCAACCACAAAGUUUCCAAAGGCGAAAUCAAGAUUUGAUUAAGAAGUUUCUUGCCGUUUUGCAAGAUAGUGAGGCGAUAAAAGAUUUCAAAAACAGUUCAGAUCAAUUCCGUAAAGGACUUGUAGAAGCGAAUGAGUAUUAUGACCACUGCAAAAACGUUUUAGGCAACCAUUUUGAUGAAAUUUUUCCAGAGUUACUUGUUUUAUUACCUGACAUUGGUAAGCAGCAAGAGCUAUAUCAAACACUAUCUGAAAAAAACAAAAGUAAUUUACUCCUAUGCAAAAACUGCGGGCAGGUCAUUUUGAAAACUGAAUUAUCAGAACACUAUAACCACCAUAGACUAGAAAGUCAUUUUCCAGAUUUGGGUACUGCUCAACAUGUGAAUAAUGCUUGGAAAAAAUAAAGAAAAUGUGUUUUUUAUAUAUUUCUUAUACAUUUGGCUGUGGUUCAAUAAUGCCAUCGCUGUUUUUUUUGUUUUUGUUAAAAAUAUAGUAUUUAUUUUUUUACGGAGCCUUUGAUAAAACCAUGGGAUUUUUUUAAUGUUCUAUACCUAAUCUGUUAUUAAUUUGUGUUGAUAAAAAUACUGCUUUUCUUGUGUCCCUUGCUAUGCUUUAGUUAUGAUUGUUUUUCAGAAACAAAAAGUAAGUGUCCCCUUGGCAAAUAAAAGCUUCAAUUUAAGUUACAAUCACCUUUCAUAAUUUAUAUGUCCUAUUUAAGUAGUUGCUGUAAAACAUGUAAAUAUAUUUGUACCAAACAUUGUUAGCAAGUAUUUUUAAAAUAAAAUAUUUUCGUUAUAA